AUGAAGGUGCUCAUCACCGGUGCAUCCGGUCUGCUGGGUCGGGCAGUUCAUCAACAAUGUAUCGACAAAGGUUACGACAUCAGGGCGCUUGCAUUCACCCGUUCCGACCCCGAAAAGCAGCUCGUCAAGCUCGAUCUGACGGAUGUCACUGCAGUUGAGUCGUGCCUGAGCGACUUCGAGCCGGACGUCAUCGUCCACACUGCAGCUGAACGACGCCCAGACGUCGUCGAGAACGAUCCAGCUGCUUCUCAGGCCAUCAACGUCGACGCGCCAGCCAGCAUCGCUACCAUUGCAUCAAUGCUCGACAAGGUGCCACUGCUCAUCAACAUAUCCACUGAUUACGUCUUCGAUGGGUCCAAGCCACCAUACAAAGUCGAAGAUGCUCCGAAUCCGUUGAAUGCGUAUGGCGUCAGCAAGCUCCAGGGCGAGCGCGCCGUGGCAGAGCAUGCCAAGCCAGGGCAUUUCACCAAUCUUCGUGUGCCUGUGCUAUAUGGCAGGACCAUCACCAACGACGAGUCCGCUGUCAACGUGCUUCUCAACGCCAUUCAGCCACCAGCCGGCUCGACCAACCCCAAAAAGUGCGACGCCUACGCAGUCAGAUACCCCACCAACGUCGCCGAUGUCGCCAAAGCCAUCCUGAAGCUUGCCGAAGUAUACGCCGAAACACGCAAUGCAGCUCCGCCGACAACACACUUCAGCGCAAAGGAGGCCAUGACCAAGUACGACAUGUGUAUGGUGCUCAGCCGUGUCGCUAACGCAGUCGGCUUCGAGACACGCACCGACCUGCUCGAUCCGGAGUACGAAGUCGACCCCAUGGCUGCUACCGCCCGACCGAGACACUGCAAGCUCGAUACGUCGGUGCUGGAAGAGUACGGCGUGCCCAUCGAGUAUACGUCGUUCGAGGACUGGUGGCGACCCUAUCUUGCCGAGUUGCAUCAGGCCAAGGUCGAAGAAGAUGCACGAUUAGCAGCCGAAGCGGAAGCAAAACGCCAAAUGGAAGAAGAAGAGCGCAAAAAGCGCGAAGCAGAAGAAGAUGCCGAACGACAGCGACAACUCGAGGAGGAGCGACGCAUUGCAGCAGAGAAAGCAGAAGCGGAAGCUCAAGCCGAAGCACAGCGACAAGCAGAAGAGCAGGCGCGGCAACAGAAGGAAGCCGAGGAAGCGGCGAAUAAGCCACCCGUCGAAGCUCCGAGCGAGGGUGCUUCCACCGAGGCUGUAACCUCGACGAUUGCAGCAACGACCAGCGAAGCGGGAGAAGCAACAAACGACACAGACGUUCGAUCCGGAUCACCACAUCCAUCGUUCAACUCGCUCCAAGCAAGGCCGACGCCGCCUGCCACCUCGCUCCCUUCGCCCACCAGCUCGCACCGUCCGCUCUCAAUCAAAAGCGACCAUAGACCAGAAACGCCACCCCGGCCGAGCAGCAAGGACGGUCCUUCCUCCUCGCGAACUCAAGUCGAGAUCCUGGCCACCGAUGCCACCCCAACAGGGUCCGUCGUCAACGAGUCCCCUCUGAACCUCGCAGCUGCCCAGGAGAGGGAACGACUCGGGUCAACUCUUCCGCAACGCUCGCUCAGUGCCAGCAGCGCUGCCCGCCUAACAUCGCUAACAGACGAAAGCACCAUGUUCGGAGGCGCAGCACGCAAAUCGAGUCUUUCGGGUCAGUCGUACCUGGAUACUGCGAGUGCGGCUGCUGCACGACGCGCCGAGGACUCGGACGACGACGGGUACGGUCAACCCUCACCUCGCACCAACCAAGUUGCGUUUCCCCAGUCCGCAGAACCGACCUCUCCGACACGUGCAAGUCGAUCGCACGCCGACACCACCACGCUAACCGGCUCGGUAGCCUCCCUUCACUCCUCCACUCCCUCCCGUCCAUCCGCAGACGACACCCGCACCACAGCCCCCACGAACGGCACACAACCGCGCCUCUACCACCGCCCCUCAUUCGACAACCUCCAGAACGACCGCGAUCGCGCCGCCUACAUCCGUCUCCACACGCGCGCGCACAACUUUACCAUCCGCGUCGGCGACCCCCAACGCAUCGGCGACCCUAUGACAGCGCACAUCGUCUACACCGUCCGCACCACCACCGAUCACCCCUCGUUCCGGGCCGCGUCGUUCUCCUCUCUCCGACGAUACCGCGAUUUCCGAUGGCUCCACGCGGCGUUGGUGCAGAACAACCCGGGGAUCAUCGUCCCGCCCGUUCCCGAGAAAGUCAGCAUUGGGCGGUUUGCAGCCGAGCUGGUCGAGGCGAGACGGAUGGGCCUAGAAACGUGUGUAAACAAGAUCGCUUCUCAUCCGCUGUUACAGCUCGACGAGGAUUUCCGACUCUUUCUCGAGUCCGAAAACUUUGCAGCCGAUGUCAAAGCGAGGGAUGCGGUGAAGGGACCGAUUAUCACGCCCGAACAAAAGACGUACAAAUCGUGGGGAUCGGCACUCCUCGGCAGCGUGGUUCCCUCGUCCUCCUCCCUCUCAUCCGGCUUCCUGUCGGCGGCGAGCUUCGUCGAGGUCGAUCCGUGGUUCGACGACCAGCGCAUGUACCUCGACUCGCUGGAAUCGUCGCUCAAGGGGAUGGUGAAAUCCAUCUCGUCCCUCUCGGCACAGCGCAAGUCGCUCGUAACCGCCACGCACGAUCUAGCUCAAGUGCUCACCACGCUCUCGGGUAGCUCGCUCUCGAGGUCGUUGAGUACGUGCUUUGCUGGGUUGGCCGAGGUGCAAACGCGCGCGAUGCAGUUGGACGACCUUCAAGCCGAAGCCGACGUGCGAUCGCUCGGAACGACCAUGUACGAGUACGAACGCGUGGUUGGCUCGAUUCGCAAGACCUUUGUGGUUCGGACCGAGGUGUGGGCUCGAUCCGCCCGAGCCGCUGAUGAGCUACGUCGCACCCGAGGACGGUUCGACAAGUACAAGGCUACCAAUCCGAGCGCUGCAGGUGCACAGUUUCAGAGCUUGUUAAGCGAGGUUACGGAGGCAGAAGGGAGAGCGCUGGAGGCGGAAAGGUUGUUUGGGACGGUCAGUGAGAGGUGUAAGGAUGAGAUGGAGAGAUUGGAUUUGGAAAGGGUGCUGGAUUUCAAGCGGGUCGUGGGCGAAUGGGAGACCGAUGGGCAGAACGUGCCGACUCAAACGGUAGACGCGGUGCGAGAGGAGGAGGCCAAGCCUGCGGAUGCGGAUACGACGAAGGACACGGCUGCCGCCCCUGCUGAAGGCGAGGCUCCGUCUAAAGCGGUUGAGGAGACGCCAUCAACCACAACCGCUGCAGCUCCGGCAGAGCCGGCUGUGUCUGCCAAAGCGACAGGGUUCGCCCAGGCCGCGCAACCCAACGGCGCUGCAUCUCAGACUGAGGCGCCACUCGCAAAGGAGGAGACCGUACCACCGCCCACCUCUGCAUCCGACGCCAUCGGCGCCGACGGCACUACUCCAGCCCAAGCCCUUGAGCCAGAGAGUGCGCCUGCGAAAGCCGACCCCUAA